UUCCCUCUCGAAUCUGUUGUCUUCAAAACCGCUCUCUUUUUAUUUCUCCAAUGGAUUUUUCGUUUCUUCUCAAUUUCUCCUCUCUCAAAUUCCACUUCAUUUCUCUCUCUAGACUUUGACGUUCCGAUUCCAUGGGCGCGGAAAUUCCUGGAAUCGUCAGGCUGAAGUGCUCUGUUCAAAAGUAUGACUGGGGAAAGCUUGGGGACGAAUCGGCUGUGGCGCGGCUGUACGCGAAGAACAGUAGGGAAGAGGUGAUCGACGCCGAACCCUACGCUGAGUUGUGGAUAGGAACUCACGACUCCGGGCCCUCCUACGUCGUUGCAGCGGCGGAGGGAGUGAGGGAUGGUGGCGUGGAGGGGGAGGACACCUAUGAUCGUAAGAAGGGAGAUGUUGUGAGUUUGAAGGACUGGAUUGAGAGGAAUCCGAGUGUUGUUGGGGAUAAGGUGUUGCAGAAGUGGGGACCUACUCUUCCUUUCCUGUUAAAGGUACUUUCAGUGGAAAAGGCUCUGUCGAUACAGGCUCAUCCAGACAAGGAUUUGGCUCGAAUUCUGCACAAGCAGCAGCCAGAGGUGUACAAGGACGGUAAUCACAAGCCGGAGAUGGCUUUGGCACUCACCAAGUUUGAGGCGCUGUGUGGAUUUGUUGGUCUUGAGGAACUUAAGAAUGUCGUUCGCUUUGUACCUGAGAUGACAGAAGUGGUUGGAAAUUCAUGUGGGAUUCAAGUACUAAACACUAGUGAAGAUGAUGGGGAGAAGAUAAUGAAAGAAGUCCUGCAAUCCUUAUUUACUGAUCUCAUGUCGGCUAGCAAGACUGUGAUAUCUGAAAUAAUUCCCAGGUUGAUAAGUCGGUUGAAUAAAAAAGGCCAGGAAAUGAAGCUGACUGACAAGGAAGAGCUGGUAUUGCGUCUCGAAAAGCAAUACCCCGGUGACAUUGGUGUGAUAGCAGCCUUUUUGUUUAACUAUGUGAAGCUGCAACCAGGUGAAGCAUUAUAUUUGGCAGCAAAUGAACCACAUGCUUAUAUACAAGGUGAAUGUGUAGAAUGCAUGGCAACAUCAGACAAUGUGGUCCGUGCUGGUCUCACUCCAAAGAAGAGGGAUGUCCAAACUCUCUGUUCAAUGCUGACAUACAAACAGAGUUUUCCAGAAAUCCUCCCUGGAGUUGCUGCAAAUCCUUAUACAGUCAAAUAUAGCCCUCCGUUCGAAGAAUUUGAGGUCGACUGCUAUAAUAUUCCCGAGGAAGUAUCUAUUGUAAUUCCAGCGGUUGGUGGUCCUUGUGUUUAUCUGGUGGUUGCUGGCGAAGGAACAAUGCAUGCGGCUUCUAGUAAGGAGGUGAUUGGCGAAGGCGAUGUUCUAUUUGCACCUGCAAACACUGAGAUCACUCUUGAGACUCAUUUAGGUUCAAUUGUGUAUAGAGCAGGAGUCAACAGCAGGGCUUUGGAGGAAUUUGCAGCAAAACGAAUGCACUAGUUUAAAAACUAGCUGUACAUCACACGUAGAAUAAGGAAAUAUGAAUCCAUUUUCUUAACUGGGAAAAUAAAACUUAUGGAACUCAACGCACAAUCAUGCAGUGAUUGAUCAUUCUACGUUGCACAUUGCAUAAAAUUCUUACACAUAAUGAUGAUAAUCUACUCAUUCCCGUGUUUCAUGGAUGGUCAAGAUUCAAAUAAGUGUUAGCUCAGGGAUUAUAUACCCUACAAAAUUUGAAGGUCAAUUUUGUGUUUUUCCUAAA